UUCGGUUAAUAUUUAUUUUUGUAAUUAAAUUAUUUAUUAGCACCUUCACACGAAUGUUUGUUUUUGAGAGAGUUGGCGAAACAGGUUUCAGGUUUAUGUAUUUUUAUACAGUCAAGAACUUAUUUUCGAAAAAGUUUUUUUUGGUUUAGGUUUUCUAUUCCUUGCCUGUCAUUAAAAAGCAAACCAGAAACUACCCACUAUAAGUACCUAUUUAUUUUCAAAACUUGUGCUUUGCUAUACUGUAAAAACUAUAUUUUAGUUUGGUCUACUAAACAAAUAUGUGGUUGUUUAUUUUUUCCCUAGAAUUUUCAUCUUGUAUUUCGUGCCAUAGCCAUAAGUACCUUGCAUAGCACUUAAUUAUUAUUUUAGUGCUAUAACUAUCAUAAGCUUUAAACAGAUUCUGGUUUUGUGGUUUUUAAGCUUUGAGUAAAAAUGAGCGAAAACUUUUUUAAAAUUUAAUUGUAGUUUCCCCAAUCGAUUGUCAUAAAUUUAUGACAAAAUAUAAUAAUAAUUUUAUGAUAAAGUUGGUUUAAAACGUUAGCUAAGUGUAACUUUUAAAAUUUAACUGUAGUUCCUGGAAAUGAUACUCAUAUUCAUACAAAAAAUAGAUGAAGAGUUAAUAUCUUUAUAUUUAAACUGGCCCAAACUUUGGAGGCUUUCCCACUUCUGUCAAAAUAAAGAAAAUACCGAAAAUAGAUCUUUCGACAAUCCUUUUAAAAUUUGUAAUUUCCUAUCCAGAAAGCAUUUCUCGAAGCAUGACCCCUUCUAUUUGCUGCAGGUGCAACGAGCAGAUUCGGCACCGGGCAGUUUGCAGCUUGGGCAAGGCGUACCAUCCGCACCACUUCACCUGCACGGAGUGCGGCCUGGUGGUGGAUCCCCGCCUGUUCUUCGCCGUGGACGACGACGUGGUCUGCGGUGAGUGCUACCUGGGCCACCAUGCCGCUCGGUGCUCCGCCUGCCGGACGCCGAUUCUGGAGCGCUGCUUCAGCGCCGUGGGCCGCAAGUGGCACGAGAGGUGUUUCCGGUGCGUGAGCUGCAGCAAACCGCUGAUCUCAUCGUCCUUUUUCGACAUCAACGGAUACCUCUUCUGCAAAAAGCACUUCCGGGAACAGUUUUCGCCCCGCUGUGCCGCCUGUGGGGAACCGAUCGAGGAUCGGGCUGUGGUUGCGCUGGCCACCAAAUGGCAUGUGGAGUGCUUCAGGUGCUUCAUCUGCCGCCAAAGAAUCAUCACCGGUGGUUUUAGGAUCCACAAAGGACAACCCAUCUGCCUGGCCUGCUGCCAACCCACCACCAUCGCCUUGAGCCCCCAAAAUUUGUGUGCCUUAUAA